CCUCUCUAGCGCUGGGCAGGUCCGAGUACACAGCUGCCGGCCCUGUGCGCUCUGACUGGACAGGGGCCACCCUUCAGUUUCCCUCCCAGGACCAAAGGAGCAGCGCUGAGGACUGGCGGGGCCGAGGACUGAGGGUCCCCAGGAGUGAGGCGGUCUGGUGCAGGCAAGAAGAGAUGGGGAGAAAGCUGGACCUUUCCAAGCUCACGGAUGAGGAGGCAGAGCAUAUCUGGGCAGUGGUUCAGCGAGACUUCGACCUCAGGAGGAGAGAAGAAGAGAGGCUUGAGGAGUUGAAGGGCAAAAUAAAGAAGGAGAGCUCCAAGAGGGAGCUGCUGUCCGACACAGCCCACCUGAAUGAGACCCACUGUGCCCGCUGCCUGCAGCCCUACAGGCUCCUUGUGAACAGCAGACGGCGAUGCCUAGAGUGUGGCCUCUUCAUCUGCAAAAGCUGCAGCCACGUCCACCCAGAGGAGCGGGGCUGGCUCUGUGACCCCUGCCACCUGGCCAGAGUGGUAAAGAUGGGAUCCUUGGAGUGGUACUACCAGCACGUGAGAGCCCGCUUCAAGAGAUUCGGGAGUGCCAAAGUGGUCCGGUCCCUCUGUGGGCGGCUGCAGGGUGGAGGUGGGCCUGAGCCAAGUCCGGGAAAGGAGAGUGGGGACAGCAAGCAGACAGAUGAGGAUGGAGAGCUGGACACAGAGGCCCAGGCUCAGGCCCUGGGCAGCAAAAAAAAGCGUCUGCUCCCCUUCUGUGACGUGAACUUCGAGGAGGACUCCGACCACGCCACACAGCCUUGCGGUCAUACCCUGGGCCUGUCCUCAGUCCCUGCAUCCACACGCAGCCUGCAGUGCCCCUCAGGUGAGCCCUUCUCCGAGGAUGCCACCUCCCUGGAGCCUGAGGUUCUGAAGGAGGCUGGCGCCGGGGCUUUGGAGUACCGUCCUGGUCCAGAGGAGCAGCUGGACAGCCCCUCACCCUCCAGAGAGGAUACCUUCGCUGACCUGGGCCAGCCUGAAGCCCCCCACAGGACAGCCCUGGAGACCACAGCUAUUCUGGGUGCCAUCAGGAAAGAGCAGCUCCCUCCCCAGUACCUGGCAGAUGUGGACACCUCUGAUGAAGACAGCCUCCAAACUCCCAGGGCAGCCUCCCAGCAUUCCAAGCGCAGGGCCCGAGCUGUACCAGAGAGUCAGAUCUUGGAGCUGAACAGGCGCAUGUCAGCUGUGGAGAACCUGCUGGUCCACCUGGAGAAUACAGUCCUGCCACCCUCAGCCCAGGGACCAGCUGUGGGAUCGGAGCCCAGUGCUGAUGCAGAGGAGGAGAUGCUCAGGAGGAAGCUGGAAGAGCUGACCAGCAACAUCAGUGACCAGAGCACCUCAUCAGAGGAAGAGGAGGGCCGGAAGAAAGAAGCCACUCCAGAUGGCACCCUCCCCGAGGUGCCCCCAGAGCUGUGUGCAGCCUCAGGUCACAUGGAUGCUGAAGGAAGGAGCCCUCAGAGCCCUGGGGACCCUACCCAGCCUAGCAAGACCACAGAUGAGGAGCUGUUAGAGCUGGAGGACAGAGUGACCACGACAGCAUCCGAGGUUCAGCAAGCUGAGAGCGAGGUCUCAGACAUAGAGUCCAGGAUCGCAGCCCUGCAGGCAGCAGGACUCACAGUGAAGCCUUCAAGAAAGCCCCAGAGAAAGUCAAACCUCCCGAUCUUCCUUCCCCGAGUUGCUGGGAAACUUUGCAUGAGCCCAAAGGACCCUCAUGUAGACCCCGAAGACCAGACCAAGGCAGCGGCCAUGCCCUAUCUCCUGAGGAAGAAGCAUUCCCCUGGCAGUCAAGGCAUAGACAACAGUUCUUUUGAUCGGAAGUCAGUGUACCGUGGCUCCCUGACACAGAGGAGCCCCAACAGGAGGAGGGGGACAGCCAGCCAUGUCUUUGCGAAACCCGUGAUGGCCCAGCAGCCCUAAAAGGUGAGGUUUGUGGGCACAGGACAGCACCAACAAAGCAGCCCACGCUGUUUCUUUCACACGGGCUCUGCCUGUGCUCACAGUCACUAUCCCAGUGAUACACAAGAAGAAACACCCAUCUGUGUGAAUCCACCUGUGAGAUGACACGCUCCCAGACCUCGACUGUCACCAAGUUACUGACCAGAGUCAGGGCAGCUGCCUGCCUCUGGCCUGGGAGAUGUAGCUGAGCUGGCUAACUGUUCCCUAGGACGACUCUUCUACCUGCCCUUUCACUGUGGCCACUUAGCCCUGUCCUCUCAGCUUUGCUUCCACAGAUGGAAUGGGAAGAAAUAGUUCCAAUCCUGUGCAGCUGCAAGUGUGUCUGUGGGUAUGACGGGAAAAUGGGCAUCUAGACAGGUGGUGCGUGCACGACCCCCUGAGUGCUGAGGAGGAAGAAACAUCUCCUCAGUGUACUGAGUCCCCACAUCUACAGAGCCCCACGUUGGCUUCCUGUGUCCUCUGUGUCAAAUGCCACAAGCUAAGCGGAGUACAACAGAACAUGCUCUCUCAUAGCUGCAGAAGCCAAAAGGCCAAAAUCAAGGUGUCAGUAGGGUUGGCACAACCUGAAGUUUUGAGGGUGCUGGUGUCGCGUCUCUUCCCACUUCUGAGGGUGCAGCCAUCCUAGGUGCACCUUGGCUCCGGGCCAUGUCAGUGUAGUCUCCAAGCCCACCUUUGCAUCACCUUUCCUGUGUGUCUCUGAACAUCUGUCCUCUUCCCAUAAGAACACCGUUACUGAAGGUCGGGCAACUUUACCCACUAUGACAGCCUUCCUAGUGAUAUUUACAAAGACCUUAUUUCCUGGGCUCCAAGAUGGACAUGAACUGAGGAAAUGCUCUUUGACCCACUGCAGAGCAUGAGGGUUCAAAGACUUAAAAACUCUGCAGUACACCCCAAACAGUGGGGCCUCGUCACUCCCCUGAGAACAUAAAGAAGAUGGGGGUGGGGCACCGUCAAGCGAAGCUCCUUUCUGCAAGAAGAGAAAUCCAUCCAAACAGGAAGUGUAGGAGAGGGUACAGUUUUCUCCUGCUUCAGGAAGUGCAGGGUGGCCACACCCUCAAACUUCUGCCCCUCCAUUGUCCCUGCUCAGACUGUCAACUGCUCAGAAUUCCAGCAGGUGCCCUGUGGUCCCAUGAUUCCAACUCUGUGACUAAUCCCCUGACAGCCACAGCCCAUUGUUCAAGAACUCAAGCAGAAUGUGCGGAGCCAUGAGCACCCUCAGGGCUGACCCCACGUGAGGCUGGAGAGAUGGCUCAACGGUUAAGAGCACUCAGUGCUCUAGUAAAAAACCCAAGUUAGGUUCCUAGCACCUGUGUGGUGACUCUCAACCACCUGUAAUUCCAGUGCUGGGGAUCUGAUGCCUUCCUGUAGCCUUCACAGGCAUCAGGCACAAACAUAGUGCACAUACAUGCAUGCAGACAAAACAUUCAUACACAUAAAUAAAUAAAACUCUAAAAAUAAAUUUUAAAAAAGAGGGCCCAUGCCCAGAAGUCCAUCUGCUGUGCCCAAAAGCUGGAUCAAGAGUGUGUGGCUCAGCCGGGCAUGGUGGUGCAUGCCGUUAAUCCCACCCAGCACUUGGGAGGCAGAGGCAGAUGGAUCUCUGAGCUCAAGGCCAGCCUGGUCUAUGUAGUGAGUUCCAGGCCAGCUGGGGCUAUAGGGAGAACCUGUCUCAAAAAGACUAAAUAAAAAAAAAAAAAAAGUGUCUGUGGCUCUACUGUCCUGAGAUCCAUGUCCCCAUUAACAAGAUAUUGGAAAAGCUCCCUGAUCUCUGUGGUCAAGCCCUCUGUGGGACCCACUUCUCACUUCUGAAGCCAGGGGUAGCCUGAGGUGCCCAGGCCAAGCCUGCACCUGGGGCUCUACCCCCUGCCUCCUUUGGAACAUCUCAAGCCACUCAAAUUCCUCCUCAAUCAUACAGCUCCUCCAACGGAUGUCAGCAGGUUUUGGGAUGAGGAGAAGGCUGGGCUGAGGUAGAGAUCCUCCUACCCUGUCUACUACCUCCCGUUUGAGGGACCCUCAAAGGGGCAAUAUGUCCAACUACACUGUGACAAAGCUACUUUUCUAAAAGGGCCCGCCAUCUUGCCUAUGCACACACACACAUUCAAUUCACAAUGAUGUUUAGGACUCUCCAGAUUCCAAGGUCUCUCAUCCUCAGUCACCUCGGGGGCCAUGUGACCGAGUGCACAUCCAAGGGAACCUCCCAGAAGACCCACUUCCAAGACAGAACCACACUGUACCAUGGCAGUUCUCGCCGAGGUAGGAGGCAGGGCUGGCCGCCAUUGCUAACCACAGAACUUCACCCAAGGUGGAACCAGGGCAUAGAGGAAGCAUGUAAAGCUCUCAGUGACCCUCAUCCACAGGUGGGGACCACCCUUUCCAGUAUUUCUUCCUCCACCCACCUCUACCCUCCACCCACCUCUACCCAAGAAGCCCACGGGCCAGAAGGAGGUGUCUUUCCUUGAGAACACAGAUUCACUGAUUCCCUGAAGGGUAAAGUGGCAACUGGAAGCUUUUCAUAGAAGUCUCAUGGAGGCCCCUGAUUCAUCUCUCUCACUGUUUAAGAAUAUUCAUUGAACUUAAAUGAUCUUUCAUCUAAUUUGUAAUUACUAUUCGCCAUAUGGUGCCUUAGGUUCACAGUCCAAGUUAAAUGUUGAAUAUUGCAUAUUCUUUUUUUUUCUGGUCUUUUUUCAGACAGGGUCUCCCUGUAGCCCCAGCUGGCCUGGA